GCUCCUCGGAAGACAACCACAGCGACGGACCUCGUGCUGAACAAGCCGAUCCUCCGGCAGACCCUCGACCAGAUGGCGACUCGAACCUCCCGAAGGCGAACGCUGGCGAUGGACCUCGACGACUAUACGGCCCGAUCCUCCGGAUGCACGCGACCAUGGACGACCACUCGGACGAGAGCCCGAACGACCUCACGGACGAUCGAACGGCACGGAGACCUCCAGCUAUGGCGGCAAAGGACCUUCCGAGAAGCUUCUCAUUCCCACCUUCAGCCGUGAAGAUGGCGACGGAGACCUGGAAACUUCAGCCCGCAGCUACUUGCGAGAGGAUGACCAAGUUGGCCCCUAACCAACAAGCCUUAGUCCUCUACCAACAUCUCCAAGCUGCAGCUUGGGUCAACGCAGAGUCCCUGGACGUCGACCGCCUUGGCGACGUCGAUGGCGUCGACUACUUGAAGGACUGGAUUCGCCAGCACUACUUGGACGUGGAGGUGACUUCUGUUGGACGCUCCCUCAGUGACCUCGUUCGCAAGCUCCGACGCCGUCCUUCGCAGACGUUCCGCGACUAUGCUGCAGAGUUCAAUCGCCUUUUGGCUCGCGUUGUGGAGUGUGGAUGCCGACUACUUGACGUGGCAACCGCCUGGCUAUUUGUGGACCGCGCCAACCUUGACGAGACCACCGAGGUGAGCCUCUUGGCGUCUGUCGGAAAUCGAUAUGCCCUUCGCGAACUUCAACAAGCUGCUAUCAUGCUCGACCGCUCCAUGCGCAAGCCCUGGGAGAAAACGGGACGACAAGCCCCUGACGAGGACGAGACUGUUGGCGACGACGAGACAUCAACCCAGAACGCCGACGACCAGGAUCACGAUGACCUCUACAUCGCCUACCUGACGGGCAAGAUCAGGAAUGAAGGCGAAAAGCUUCUGUUCAAGUCUGCCCGCGCCGUCGUGGAGACAGCACCGGCACUGACUCCCGCGAUGAGGGCCGAAAGAGUCCAUGUCGUGAACGAAAUUUACGAGGUUGCUGUGGACACCACCGGAGGACCCCUAGCCAUCACCGAUUCCGCAUGCUCCAAGAACGUGAUGGGCACUGGCAGGUUGCAGAAGUAUCUGGACAUGAUGCGUGGUCGCGACUUCAACCCUGACUUUGUGCACGAGCGCGAGGCCUUCCGGUUCGAUGUUCCUCUACUCCUGUCGCGACCCUGCUUGGCUCAUCUCGUCAUGGUCCUCGACCUGGAAAAGAACACCUUUGACUUCCGCGCUGUCAAUGUGCAAAACUUUGCCUUGCACAACACCAGCACUGGCCACCCGGCCAUUCCUGUCAGCCACCAAAGCCUGACUCUGCCCUGCGUCAAGAACCUGCCAAAGGCGUGGAGAGACGAGGGAGUCGAGACCCUCAAUCCGCGUGUGGUACACAUGACCAGCGCUGCUGGGACGGGGGGAGUUCAGGGCUCCGUAGGUCCGAAGUAUAUCGAGUCCAACAUCGAUUACCCCAACGCGCAGAACUACCCCAAGAUCUUCUUUGACAAAAAGAUAGAUGAGGCCACCAAGAGGAUGCUAAGCGGAGACUCCCUGAACCUCAACACGUUCCUACGCUGGUGGAAUAGUACCAACAUCUCCAAUGACUUCUGGAUAGAAGGCCCCGAGACCCUCGUCAGAGCGCACGUCAUCAUGUUUUGUGGAUCGGCCGAAGUGUCUUCAAUCGAGCUGCUCGCACGCCCUGCCCUCCUUCCCGCUGUCAUGAGCCAGGUGACACCAUGGAAGCUCAACAAAGGCGAGUUGGUGGCCGAACUGGGCAAGCUCAACAUCACCGUGAAUCCUCGUUGGACCGUGCCCGAACUUCGCCAUGCGCUGACCCAGGAGCUGAAGGCCAGGAAGGGUGCGAGCAACGCCCCAAAGGGGAUCGCGAGCAUGAACCUAUUUGAAAUUGGAGACAGCCACUCGCCUGGGCAUCUCGUUCACGACGAAGGAGGAGGCGAGAAUUCCACCACCACCUUUGUCGGAAACUGGAUCGUCAGCGAGUUGGACGGUGAUACAUGGAGAAGAUCGACCUCGACAGGCCCCACCGAAGACAUCCGGAACUACCAGGCGGAGGACCAAGAUACCAUCGACCGCGACCUCGAGCACCAAGAAGGACCACUUCCCCAAGGACACGACGACGACCCGACUCGACCGAUCCUCCCGAAGGCCUACGCUUCGACCCGACGUCGCGCCGAGGCAACGGGUCCCAUGACGGCAAGGAUGGAUCAAGAUGUUCCCGAGAUCGUGAAGCAGGAGAUCCAAGACCUGGAGACGCGCUUGGCCCUUUCGAGACGCCUCGGGACUUUCCCGGAGACAGUGAACAGCCCUGCUCUUGAUGACCAGGACGACGAGUUCUACAGUUCUACGACGCCGAGGACGGAGUCGACGCCACCGACUCCAAUCCGGACAAUUAACAAGGCCUCCCAGGGAUUGCUCGAUUACACGACCCCGAAGUGCGACAAGGCGAACACGCAGGACUUCGAUGGCGACCAGACCGAGCACUAUCCCCAGGCGAAUCUCCAUGGCACGAACCGGAAGUACGACGAGGUGAACUUUCAGGACUUCGAUGGCGACCAGACCGAACACUAUCCCCAGGCGAAUCUCCAUGGCACGGACCGGACGUACGACGAGGCGCACGAGACCGAGCACUAUCUCCAGGCAGAUCCCAUCGGCACGAACCUCGACCACGGCAAUGGCUAUCUUGGAGAGCAAUCCCGUCAGGACAUAUCCUCCCACGACAUGCACCACGAGCACCACGCAUCCGAACCUCUUCGGGCCACGAAUCCUUUUCCUGAGGAGUCACCUGACGACAACCUCAACGCCAAGAGCCAUGCCGACCUUUUCCUCUCCAAUGAUGAGGUGAAGACUACAAUGUUUCCCGUGCCUUCUACCGAGGCUUUUGUCACAGCUAAAGCUGAACGACCUCCUGGAGAACCUGGCCCUAACGAUGGAGAGCUGGUCGCCAAGAAGCAUCUACUUGCAAACUUGUUGCAAGCUGAUGAUCUUGAACGAGUACUGCAAGCACAACGCAUACCUCUGGCCAGGGGUACACGCAACAGCGCUCACCCUGCCGGGUCUCCCCACCGUCAUGUACUUGGCUACUAUGCGUACGGGGGCUUCCAUGGGAUAUGUCGAGACACCUCGAAGCGCCCCUGGCUUUGCUGCUUUCUCAACGCUUUCUUCCAAGAGCAAGCUCUGCGGCAAGGCCUUGAUGCUGGAAGUUGGUCUUCCUUCUCCAUACUUCACAAUGGCUCCACGGAGGUCCACACUGCGGCGAUUACGUCAACGGCCAACUCUGGAUCGAACACCCUGACGGCGACACCUGGCAGCGUGGGCCUCAAGGAGAAGAACUACGUGGAGUUUUGGUCGACAGCGCGCAACCACCUCACCGAGUUCGAUCCUCGAUCCCGGCACGCCGUGGAACCCUGGACUGGUCACCGAUGGAGUACCCGGAAGACGCUCUGGAAGACCGCUAUCCUGGAGAUUGGGGCCCCAUCUGCUACGUGCGAAGCGAUCGAUCAAUGUGGUGACUGCAUCGAGGUCGCCGAACCCGUCAUGUUCGAGGACCUGGCUGAGGGCUAUGGCGACAUUGCCCACGCCGGACGCGCAGUGGUGUUCGAACGAGACCCAGAUGAAGCAGAGUUCUGGGAACAACUCCUUGAGGAAUGGGGACAUCCCAGGUUCUACACCCUCCGGGACUACAUCAAGAACGGGAACGAGUACCUUCGCAUCUCCACCGUCUUUCCCAACAACGAGAUCUACGCGGCCGAUGCCGAGAACGGGGAUGCUCACCAGGACGAGCACCGAGCCGGGGCCAGCGGCAUCGACUUUCAUCGGGGGACCGCUCCCCACAUUGCCUCGACACUUCGCCCACGUAUUUGGCAUCCGGGCACCGUCUCUACAGACCUCGAAACGGGCCUACAAAAGGCCCUGGCCCGCCUGGGCGACUGGACUGGCAAGCGAAAAGAACAUGGACAAGUCCGACACGCCGGCCGCGAUUGCUGCCAUCACUCCCUCCGCAAGGUCAACGGCUUCAGCCCGCGACAACACGUGUUCGGAAGCGACGAGGCCCUCCUGGAGGACUUGGUGGUCGCCAUUCGCACCGCCGUCCGAGCUGCCCACCAUCACGUCCAGACCAACGAUCGUGUUCGCCGAGCUCUUGCCGGCACCUGGCAGGGCCCCGGGGUGGGAACAAGAGACAUAUGGGUGUCAAAAGGAGGGCGCUGCUUGCUAUGUGCUCCGGAGCAUGUACGCCUCGCCACCAACGAAGAGCUCGGAGAGAUGUUCACCCUCCGUGCCACCCAAGCAGAUUUGGCAAGACUCCUAGCCGCCGACCAGGAGGACGAAGAGGUUUUUGUGGGCAAACAAGCUGCCGAAGAUGACGAUCCCGGGCUUGCCAAGGACAUGUUCGUUGACGAGGACGAGGGCGACGCACCGAUCGAGCUGAUUGCACAUGAGGAGGACGCUGACGACGAGAGGGACGACCACCUUGCCCCAGGACCUGAGUACUACACCGAGGCGGUUCACGAAGCAUGGAUGUUGGUGUCGGCCAAGACGAAGGGGUCUCUCGAGAAGCAGUUGGAGAAGGAGAUCCCGUGGCGGUUGAUACCCGCCCAUAAGCGGGAAGCCUUCCAGGAGGCAGAAGCCAAACAAUGGGCAGAGCACCUUGCUCAUCAAGCUAUUGAAGUUUUAGACGUGGCCACCAGCCGUGCUGUUCGAGAACGAAUCGACCCUCGACGAGCGCUGCCAAGCCGGCACGCAUACAAGGACAAAAACCUGGGGUUGUUCACCGUCGACAGCCUCAAGGAGCUUCCAGACGAUGCCCCGCCGACGAGGUCAGACCCGGCCCGAUCCUCAGCGCGGAGUCGCUCUGGCCCAACAAAACUUCAACGCUGCUCCACGGUCGGAGAUUCACCAACAGCUUGGCGAGGAAGGCCGAGAACCCUGUGGCCCGUCGACCUCGACAAGGCCUCCCUCGUUGUCUACCACGACGCGGCCUGGGCCAACGCGGAGCUCGACGACCCCGAAGACGACUUCAAGCUCACUCCCAACAACCUCGAGGCCGGGACGAUGAAGAAAGGCCCCUACAGCGGAGACCGUCAUCGACGAGCCAAGCGAUCACGGUCAAGGGUGGCUUCCCAACUUGGACACCUCAUCUUCCUCGGCGAGGCCAAGGAGGAGGAGAAUACCGGGACUCACCUGAGUCUCCUCGAGCGGCGAAGCCAGGCAUGCCAACGUGUCUGUCGAAGCACUUUUGGAGCCGAGACGAUGCCCCGCGUGGAAGGACUGGAGAAUGCCCAGUACAUCCGGGCCCUCUUGGCAAGCCUGCUCAAAGGUCCCUCACGGAACACUGUCACCGAACUGGAGUUCCUCGAGUACCAACAGAUCGUCGCCUGGCGAUCGACCUUGCUGCUCUUCGGCAGGAACUGCGAGCUGAACGUCGACAUG